GCGAAUCUGCCGGGCUCGUCCUACCGCUAGCGCAGUUUGGGCGGUUGUCAGGGAGAAACAAGAUGGCGGCCGCAGCGACGGAGGAGGACACAGAGCUGCGGGACCUGCUGGUGCAGACACUGGAGAGCAGUGGGGUGCUCAAUAAGAUUAAGGCAGAGUUGCGAGCAGCUGUUUUUUUGGCAUUAGAAGAACAAGAGAAAGUAGAGAACAAAGCACCUCUGGUAAAUGAAAGCUUGAAAAGUUUUUUAGAUACAAAAGAUGGUCGCUUGGUAGCAGGUCUUGUUGCAGAAUUUCUGCGGUUUUUCAAUCUUGAUUUUACAUUGGCUGUUUUUCAGCCUGAAUCAAGCAUGCUAAAUGGCCUUGAUGGUCGAGAAAACUUAGCUCGAGAUUUGGGAAUUAUAGAAGCAGAAGGUACUGUGGGUGGUCCGCUGUUAUUGGAGGUUGUUAGAAAAUGUCAGCAGAAAAAGAUUUCAGGCAGUGGAGAAGUAAUUCUAAGUGAUAGCCUGUGCCCCACAUCAAAAUCAUCUGAUGGAAGAUCAAGUACACAUGCUAUACCAAAUAAGCUUCCCUUUUACUCCAGUCAGGGUAAGAAUCAAUCUGUCGGUAGGGCUGCUGAAACCACUCAAAGUGAUACAAGUGUCUCUUCGGGGGAAGCAAGCAAAAGAAGCAUUCAUUUUCUGCCUAAUGAAACAAAACUAGAUCCUCAACUAGAAAACAAAGACUUAAAUACCAAAGAAAAAAGUGAUCCAGGUGUGGAUGAAGAUGAUGUAGAGGGAGAUUCAUUUUUUGAUGAUCCUAUACCCAAACCAGAAAGAACUUAUGGCUGGAAAACUGAAGCUAAUAAAGCAGGAGGUCUAGCAUCCCUUUCUGAUGCACCGCCUCUAAAAAGUGGGUUAAGCUCCCUGACUGGUGCACCUUCGCUAAAGGAGUCUGAUAAUUUGAAUAGAAACUCUGUUUUGAAAGACCUGCGAUUGGUGAAUGCAAAACUGGGAUCACUAGAAUUAGGAAAUGGAGAUGACGAUGAGUAUGCUGAUGACUUCAACAGUACUAGUCAUCGCUCAGAAAAAAGUGAUAUCAGUAUUGGUGAAGAAAUAGAUGAAAUUUCUGUGGAAACAGAAGAGUCAAAUGCCAGUGAUAAACUUGAAGGCAUCACGCAAGACCUUACCAUUUCUCAGUUAAGUGAUGUUGCAGAUUAUCUAGAAGACGUGGCAUAGAAUUGGACAGCAAAAAUGUUUCAUUGUGCUGGACUAGAAGACUGCUGUGGACUGUUAAUUUCAGACAAUCACUUUUUGCUGGAAUGUCCACUCCCUAUUUGUGCCUUGUGUUUCAAAAAGACUAUAGGUGGA